CCUGACAGUGGUCCACCGCGCCCACUGGAAGCUGGAGGUUGCCUGGGAAGCUGGAGCAUCCCUGUUUUGUCACCGACCGAUCCAGCACCGGUGGACAAAAAGCAAGCCCGGCCACAGCCUCAUGUGGACCUUCUGAGCAGGGAUGGGACGCGGGUGGGGAGGAAUUGGCCAUUCAACGCUGAGUUAGCUGACUCCAGCUUUUUCAAUUCAACACUACGUGAAACAACAUCAUGGCUAAGCAGUAUGAUGUGCUCUUCCGACUCCUGCUCCUUGGAGAUUCAGGGGUUGGGAAAACAUGUUUGUUAUGCCGAUUCACAGACAACGAAUUCCACCCGUCUCACAUCUCCACCAUCGGCGUCGACUUCAAAAUGAAGACUCUAGUAAUAGAUGGUAUCAAAGUACGGAUACAGAUAUGGGACACAGCUGGCCAGGAGAGGUACCAGACCAUCACCAAGCAGUACUACAGACGAGCACAGGGAAUCUUCCUGGUCUAUGACAUCACGAGUGAACGAUCCUUUCAGCACAUCAUGAAGUGGGCCAGUGAUGUGGAUGAGUACGCUCCUGACAAGGUGCAGAAGAUUCUUGUUGGGAACAAGUCAGACGAGGUGGACAAGAGGCAGGUGGCCACUGAGCAAGGCAUCAAGCUGGCCAAGGCUUAUGGGAUGGACUUCUUUGAAACAAGUGCCUUCACGAACCAUAAUAUAACAGAGACUUUUACACGACUGGCUGAACAGGUGCUGGCAGCCAAUAAGAAGGACUUGGAUCUACUCCGGAUGUCCCUCAACGAUGAGCUUAACCUCACGGCUCUGGAGGAAGAGGAGGGACUCUAUGACAGUGCGGACGGCGACCAGCGCAAAGGCUGCUGGUGUUAAAGGAGCCUGGGGAAUUCUCCCUGAACAUUCGUCCUCUCCACACACUUUGCGCGCUCCCAGAAAAAUGCAUUAGUUUUCUUUUCCGCUCGAAAUGAAGAGGACCACGUAGCUGCAGUUUUGAAACCGACUGUGUCGCUCUGUUUGUUUGCAGGUCUGCCAGGGUGUUUGAGCGCAGUUUUCAAGGAUGAUAAACAACAUUUUGCCACAAAGUGCCACGUGUAUGGUGAAUAUUUGCUCAGCUGGAUGGAGCGUUUCUUGUCUCCGUCCAUAGUCUCCAUGGCAAUGCUUUUUGACACAAAGCCUUGAGGGGAAAUAUAAAUGAAGAUGUGUCCAUCUUUUUCCUGCAGUUUCAUAACAGCUGUCUUGAUACAGAGGGUAGGACAGGCCUUGAAAUUGCCCAUUUCUGACUUGAUUUCCUUUCUUGCAAUAUUUUUCCAAGCCCUGUCUCUGAUAUCGAUCAACACCACCGAAUCAAAAAUGUGACUGAUUGCAUCUGGCCCUCACCUUACCCUCUAUGGAUUUUUGUCUUUAUUAAAGUAGUGACUAUGUGGCCUGUCUUUUUCAAAGCUUCACAUGUAGUACAAGAAUUGUCCACAAGAGGGUGCCACAUGCAUUGCAAAAACAGGCCACUGGAUACACGACCUGUGUUAUCUUCAAUUCAGUAGACGGUUUUGUUCUCUUCUGACUCUGUUGUUGGUUAUCAUUGCAUUUUCAGAGCAGACCGUUAUUGUAAUGAUAUUAUCCCAAAUAUAUGCAGCUAAUUUAUUAGGUUCUUGCUUUGUUUUACAAACAAUGGUGGUACAGGAUGUUUUGCAACUUGCAGGUCACUUGUAAAACAAGGUUGGCAUUGAGAAAAGACUUAUUCAGUUUCCCUGUAGCAAAACAGAAGAUAUUUUUCUAUUUGUUGUUUAAUUAGCAGAAAUGAUGCUACACUAACAGCUAUGAUUACAGCUCAGUGUGUUGUACAUACAGAUUAAUGAAGUUAUCAUCAUGCAUACUGUUAAUUUGACUGUGUCGCCAGUAGAGGGCCGUGUACAAAGUCCACAUGGAUAGUCAAAAUAGUCUCAAAUAUUGAAGAUAAUGUUUUCGUCAUUCUUCCUCAUGUCAUUCUCUUCCUGUUUUGUAUUUAGUCAAGUGAAGAUUGCAAUUUCCUUUUUCCCCUUUGCAGAUUUGAUCACGGAGGAAUGAGUUUUGCAUGCAUUCGUUUUUUUUUUCCAUCCUCUGAUUGCAACUUCAGUGAAGUUAAUAGCAGCCGGACCGUGACACAAAGUACAGCAUUUGACCAGAGUUGCCUCCUGGAAGGUUACACAGAGUGACUAUCAAGAAUCUUGGCUACCUUCUUUAAAACUUCACGUAACUAAAUGCUUCUUAAAACAAGUGUUACUGUGUGCAGUGUAUGACACGGCAGUAUGUUGUACUGAAUGAUGUAAGAUACGCAAUGUAUCUGUGUUGUUUUUCUGGAAGUUUUUUCUCCUUUCUUGUAGACUACUUCUCUUGUAUUGUGGAAAUAUAUUACAUGCAACAUGUAAAAUGCAACUUGUUAUUCUUGAAUAAAAGAUGUUGGCUGUUUAUGAA